AUGGUUGCUAUCAACCUAUUUCAUCGACCUGGCUUCCAUGAAAAGCUAAGUCGUAUAACGUCUUCAACAGAGGCUACUGCCUUGCUGGCCGCCAUGAUAUCCUUUGCUGUGCGGUUUCAGUCAUCAGAAGACGGAGAAAUCCAGAGCGAGAAAGACACACAUAGACGAGCAGCAAGUUUCCUAGACCUGGCCUCGAAGUAUAAUGACGACACACUGAGAGACUGUGGCGAUAAUACACCGUCAUUAUGUCUGCUCCAGUCAUUUAUCCUUGUCUCUCAUAGUCAAUUGACGCAGGGUGUUCUGGGAAGAGCAUGGCGGACGCUAGGGACGUGUGUCCGGUUAGCAUAUGAAACGAACCUGCAUCUUGUCGAUGCUCGCGGCGCCGAAUAUGCCUUGAAUAGCAAGCGAUGGUAUGAAGACGAAGAGAAGCGCCGUGCUUGGUGGGCUAUCUGGGAAAUGGAUGUUUUCGCCACGACUAUCCGGCGAACACCUACAGCUGUAGACUGGUCUCAGCUGGAGACUUUGCUGCCAGUGGAUGAUGAGCAUUGGUUCGAGCGCAAGCCUACACAAAGCUGCUUUCUGCAACAAGACCCGAUUCUUCGAUGGAAAGCUCUCGCAAAUAGCGGAAGUCAAUCGCCCAAGGCGUGGUUUAUUGUUAUAAACUCACUGAUGAAAGAGGCUCAACGAAUAUCCAGUCCUAGGGGUAUUCCAAAUGGAAAUGGACCAUCUUCGGACCGGAUGGACGAAGCUCGUCAGCGACUCGAGGUCAUUGCCAAUGCCGUACACUGCUUUCAGUUAGCCCUUCCGAGCCAUCUCAAGUACCAGCAGCAACAUCUGGGCUUUGAAGCUCGUGUUCACGGCAAGGCUUUGCCCUUGCGACAGACACAUUGCUCCAUUUACAAUAUCUACAUGAUGACUCAACUGGCAAGGCUCAUGAUCUACCGCUAUGAUGUCUUCAAAGGCCGGUUUCGUGUAGCGCUUCCUACUCGUGACUCUGAUGUUAACCGUGAAACUUCCGACAUACAUGCAAAAGGGAAGACAGAGCGCCUAGCCGUUAAUGAAUACUUUGAAGCUGCCGAUGACAUGCUCACUAUCAUCCAUCGCAGCAGCGACGACCAUAUCCGGUACAUAAACCCCUUCCUGUCAAACACCAUCUGGCUGGCAUCGGCUGUACACUUGAUGCGUAGUCAACUUUGCAGAUCGGGGGCGGUUAAGUCCGCUGUAAAGUCCAGGUAUGAGGUUUUGCACCUGACUUACAAGAGGUGUGUGAGAUUCUGGGGCAUGAAUACGGCAGUGCAGCAAAAUUUGGAGACGCUCGAGGAGCAAUUAGAGAUAUGGCAGCAGUCCAAGAAGCGAUGCAGCAACCAAGAACAGAAUAUCACGUCUUCACCGGCUUGUCGUGAGGAACGCUCGGCUCAAAGCGCGAGCCUUGACUAUCGUCCUGUCCUAUCUGUACCAAACACAAACGAGAUAAACACGCCAAUCAAUCCAACACAAUCACUAAGCAACAGCUUCUAUGCAACCGACUGGCAAACUGAUAUACCGGGAGACAUACGAAAUACAUCAGCGCUUGAUAUAUCAUCUGUACCAUCGGCAGACGCCCAGUUCAUCACAGAUCAAAUGAUCCCGUCUGCUACGCUGAUCGACCCUAUGUUCCUGUUUGGGAGUACGCAAUCACAAGGACCGUGGAUUGAGAAUAGUAGAGCGAUGGAUGAGGAGCUUGAUAUUGAUUGGAGGUAUUUGCAGUUGCCUAAUGAAUUGCCGGAUGCUCCAUUCUAG